GUGAUAAGUGAAGUAUAUUCAUCUACUAAAGUUGUUUACAAUGGCAGUAUCUAGAACUACCAACUUGCUAUCAAUCUUAUGCAAAAAUACGAGCAGUUUUCGUGCCCUGUCUACAACAAGCUCAAACAACGCGAAGACAAUUUUUAACUGGGAGGAUCCACUGAAUUUAGAUGCACAAUUACACGACGAUGAAAAGGCGGUUCGGGACUCGUUCAAGGCCUACUGUAACGAAAAACUACUGCCAAGAGUUGUUGAGGCGAACCGAAAUGAAAUCUUCCACAAAGAAAUUUACAAAGAAAUGGGGGAGUUAGGUGUAAUCGGCUGCACGAUUAAGGGCUACGGCUGCGCUGGCGUUUCCUAUGUUACCUACGGUUUGAUCACCAGGGAACUUGAUGCUGUUGACUCAGCCUACAGAUCAGCUUUAAGUGUUCAAAGCAGUUUGGCCAUGGGCGCUAUAUACAAUUACGGCACUGAAGAACAGAAACAAAAGUUUUUACCCAGGAUGGCCAAAGGAGAAUUAGUCGGCUGCUUCGGUCUGACAGAACCUAACUACGGCAGCGAUGCAGGAGGAUUAGUCACUAGGGCUAAGCAUGAUGCCAAAACUAAGACAUAUACACUAAGUGGUUCAAAAACAUGGAUUACAAACUCGCCAAUCGCUGACAUCUUAAUAGUGUGGGCGAAGGAUGACAGCAACAAAAUCAGAGGCUUUAUUGUCGAGCGGUCACAAGUCAAAAAAGGUCUAGACACGCCUAAAAUCAACGGUAAAUUUUCUUUGCGAGCGUCAACAACGGGCAUGAUAUUGCUAGACGAAGUGGUUAUACCGGAGGAGAAUUUAUUACCGAACGUAGAGGGCCUGAAGGGGCCUUUCGGAUGUCUCAAUAACGCGCGCUACGGGAUCGCUUGGGGCGCCCUCGGUGCGGCUGAGACAUGUUUGCGGAUCGCCCGGCAGUACACAUUAGAUAGGAUUCAAUUUGGAAGACCGCUCGCCGCGAACCAGCUUGUACAAAAAAAGAUGGCUGAUAUGUUAACAGAGAUAGCUAUCGGUUUCCAAGCUUGUCUUCAAGUUGGGCGUUUGAAGGACCAGGAUAAAGCGGCGCCAGAAAUGAUUUCGCUUAUAAAGCGUAAUAGUUGCGGCAAAGCUCUGGAGAUUGCGAGAAUCGCGCGAGAUAUGCUCGGUGGUAAUGGGGUCUCUGAUGAAUAUCAUGUCAUAAGGCACGUUAUGAACUUGGAAGCGGUGAACACCUACGAAGGAACUCACGAUAUUCAUGCGCUUAUUUUAGGUAGAUGCAUCACGGGGAUUCAAGCGUUCUCUUAAACUGCAUUUUAUAUUAACUUUGUUAAGAUAAAUAUAGCGCGGCGUACCGUAACAAGAUUAUGUGAUUCUGAAAAAGUACUCUUGUUAAAAAUAUUUUAUAUUUAUUUAAAACAUUUAUUUCUUUUAUUGUUAAUACCUAAAUUAUAUUUU